CGUACAAUGGAAACAGCAAAUAUUAGUUGUAUAUAUUGUAACGUAGCGGCGAUAUGGGUGAAUAGUUUGGUAAACACAAAGACAUUGAAUCUUGAAAAUGAACAGCGUUCUGUCUCUGAAAAACGUUUUGAUCUACGAAUUUGUGACCAUAUUCAUUGCAGUGUAUCUCGAUUACUACGAAGUGCAGAUUGACAAGAAACAAGUGAAAAGUUUCAAGAAUGUGGAGUUCGACACAAACGAAAGAACGUUCUAUAUACAAACGGAUGUUGGCGGCUUGAGAGCUGAUCUGGGAUUGCAUCUUAAUGAUUUAAAUUCAGAAAUCAUACGAAAUGAAGAUUUUGAAUCGCACUAUUGCAUAUCGUGGGAUGUUGGAUCAACCCUUUGCAUUAACCAGUCGACUUGGACAGAUAAAGAAACAAAUUGUUAUGAAAUGACAUGGACUUCAAAUUAUAAUGAUAAGCAAUCCGGUUCUCCAAAAGAUUGUUUUCCGAUGACCACAGGACAGUGGUUCGGAGGACCUGAGGUUUUUCGACCACAUUGGCCAUUCAGCAACAAUCUUUCGAUUCCUAUGCAAAUGUAUACAUCGAAAGACGUGAUAGCGCACAAAGAAGAAGAUGUCUAUGGAUCAUUUGUGGAAAGAUACUUUUUAAAUUCUUUAGGAAUUGCCAUCAUAGUUGAUGAUCUGACACCGUUGUGGAUCGGUAUCAACGAUAAUUUUGACGAUAGACUCUGUUUGAUGGCGAAGUAUUUUGAUCCUGAAUAUCCGAGAAAUGAUAAUAAAAAGACAAUAUUGAAAUACAACAUUUGCACAGCGAGUAAUCUAAAGGCCGGAUGGAUUUGCCAGACAACAAGGAAUGGUUUCCGUGAUCCAGUGUGGUCUACCUGGGCGAAAUACAAGCAAAACAUAAACCAAAGCGCUACACUACAAUUUGCUGACGAAAUUUUGAAGAAUGGAUUUUCAAAUUCUCAACUGGAAAUUGACGACAAAUGGUCAACAGCUUAUGGCGAUUUGACUUUUGACCCUGUCAAAUUUUCUGACCCAAAAGGAAUGAUUCAAUCUUUACACAAUAAAGGCUUCCGUGUAACGUUGUGGACAACUCCAUUUGUCAAUGUGAAUUCGAAGCUUUUUCAAAGCAGUAUGAACUUCUGUUGGCUUGAAAGUGACGAAGAAAUAUUAAAGGCAUCAACACUAAGAUCAAUGUUUGUUCAAACCCAAUAUGCUGAUACACCUGCAUUAAUAAAAUGGUGGGACGGCUACGGAGCUCUGGUUGAUUUUACCAGUUCGAUUGCAUCUGAAUGGUAUCUUGACCUACAUAGAAAAAUGCAAGAUUGCUAUCUAGUUGAUUCAUUCAAAUUUGAUGCCGGUGAAGUUGAAUAUUUCCCUAUGCCUUCAAAAACAAAGAUUGACAUGGACAGUCCCGUAUUCUAUAGCACACAUUAUGUCCAAACUAUAUCCCAGUUAGGUGGAAUGGUGGAAGUUCGAUCUGGUUACAAAACGCAGCAUCUUCCGAUAUUUGUUCGAAUGAUGGACAAGGACUCAGAGUGGGGGUAUGAAAAUGGAUUAAAGACUCUAAUUCCAACAUGCCUCACUUUGGGUAUCAACGGAUAUCCUUUUAUUCUUCCGGAUAUGAUUGGAGGAAAUGUGUAUUAUGGACAUCCAAUACCGGACAGACAAUUAUAUAUCCGGUGGUUAGAAAUCACAGCGUUCAUGCCGGCUAUGCAGUUUUCUGUUGUACCUUGGCAGUAUGAUGAGGAAGUCACUAGAAUCGCGAAGAAAUUUGUGGACCUUCAUAGGGAAUACGUCACACCUAUCGUACUGAAAUAUGCAGAUGUAUCAACAAAAGAAGAUGGAAUGCCAAUUAUUCGUCCUUUAUGGUGGAUUGACCCUCUUGAUGGAACAGCACUGUCUAUCGACGAUGAAUUUUUGAUAGGAGAAGAAGUACUGGUAGCUCCAAUUCUAGAGUAUAAUGCGAGGCAGAGAGACAUUUAUUUGCCCGGAGGUCCGAAUAUUAGAUGGAUUGACCAGAAGACAAACAAGGUCUAUGAAAGUGAAAUAUGGUUGUUGGAUUUCGUCAUCGACUUGGACGAGGUUGCAUAUUUUCGUAUAGAUAGACACCAGGAGACAUAAUUUCUUACUGCAUUCGGUACACUAAUCAUGAAAAUGACGGCAGAGAAAAACGGCAUUUGAAUAUUUUAUUUUUGUUAAUUAUUAGAUUUUGCAACGAGCAAGUUACUUUCCGGGAUGGCUUCAAAUGUAGGCCUAUGUAGUAAAAUCGGAAACUGUAAAAUUACAGCAUCACAGCUGAGGGGUCGUGUCUUUGGAGGCGUCCCGUUUUGAAGUCAAAAAAAUAUGGUAACCCUAUAUAGUA